GCUCUGAUUGGCCGGAGUGUGGUUCUACCUCAGCCAAUCACAAGCCAGGCUGUGAUCCUACACUACACGCAGAGCGAAUUGUGCAAAGACCAAGGCUACGAUUGGUCCCUCCACGAUAAGGUUUUAAUUUUGAAUUUUUCUUUAUGGCGAGGGAGAGGCCACUGCCGGGACUCCAUCGUUUCCCCGGACUCUUAGCCUAAAACCAUGCCCAAGUUCAAGCAACGAAGAAGAAAGCUAAAAGCCAAAGCGAAAAGAUUUUUCAAAAGAAAAGAAGCCUCUCACUUUCAGCCUAAGCUAGUUACACCUCCCCCUCCGCCACCCUCACCAGAAAGAGUGGUUAUUCCUUCAACAGAUACACCCCUUAGCAGAAGCUGGCUAAGACCAUCCUGGAACUUCAAAUUUCCCAAUUUUAAAGAUGCAGUAAAGCUUUGGACAAAUAGAGUAUGGUCUAUAUACAACUGGUUUCAGAACUGCAUGGCCCGGAGUUUGGAAGUAUUGAAAGACACCAUCUUUCCAUCCUGUUUCUGCCACCAAGAACUUCAUAGUCUAAAACAACGGUUUCACAUUUUGGAAAGUGAAUUACGCAAGCUCCAGGAAGCAUUGAAGGCCGUCUCAGAAAAUUCUUCCUGUCCAAGCUGUGGUCAGAUGUGUCACAUGCGUGGUAAACAUACAAAUGUGCCUGCAUGUGCUCUAACCACCCCUGGAGACUCCGAGGUUGUUCUGCCCGCCUCACUGCCACAGCCAACCAGUCGUCUUUCUCCGCCCCCGCCUCCGCCUCCGCCCCCUCCGCCUCCGCCCCCGCCCCCUCCGCCUCCACCACUGACAGCACCUUUGCUGCUCAGAAAAUCUGAUCUCACUAAAGCACAUCAGGCUGGACCAUUAAAAAAAAAUGGACCCAUGCAUAUAACAGUUAAAGAUCUCCUGACUGUGAAAUUAAAGAAGACACAGAGUUUUGAUGAAAGGAGGAAGCUUGUACCAUCACCAAAGGCACAGAAUCCACUAGUUACUGUCUCUGACCUGCAGUGCGUUUCCCUGAAACCGAAGUCCAAAGUGUUAUCAACUCGAGUGACAAAUGUCUUAAUUACUCCUGGUAAAAGCCAGUUAGAUCUGCGGAAACUACUCAGAAAAGUCGAUGUAGAGAGGAGCCCAGGUGGAACCCCACUUACCAAUAAAGAAAAUAUGGAAACAGGAACUGGGCUGACCCCAGUAAUGACCCAGGCCUUGAAGAGAAAGUUUCAGCUGGCUCACCCUAGAAGCCCAACUCAAACUCUGCCACUUUCUACAAGCAGCUUUGAUGAACAAAACUGAUGCCACCUCUGCCUGACUCCAAUGAUGAUCCAUAAAAUAUACAGAAAAUAUCACCCCAAUGCUUUUUUUAAUGUAGUGUGUAUAAAUAAUUAUAUUAAUAUAUAAUUCAUUCGAAGAAUUAAAAUAUGUAUGGAGCCCACACAUACUGUAGCAUAAAGCGAGUAUUAGGAUAUUUUCUAGUUUACAUGAUCAAUAAUAGAACAGAUGGGAAAAUGCAAUCCCCAAAGUGAUGUUUAUCCUGGAAUUACCGAAUUUAGGUUGGGGAGGUUAUUCAAGUUUAACUAGAUAACUCUAAUUUUUGCUCUAGAGGUGCAGUUAUGACAUUAAGAAAAUAACCUGGUGCCCAUUCAUCUUGGGUAGUCUCAGGUAAUUGAAAAGCAAAGUAUUUCAUCCUGUAAAGCUCAUGCACUCAUUAAGUGCUACAAACUUAACCAUAAAAAACAGACCCUCUAGAUUUUAUUUCUGUUCUCUAUAAGCAAUUAAGAAGUAAAACCAUCCCCCAUUCAAACCUAACUGUUCCAAAAGAAUUUGAAACAAAAACUCCAAUGUGACCUUAAAAAUUAGAAUAUCAUGGGACUUCCCUGGUGGUGCAGUGGAUGGGACUCCGCUCUCCCAAUGCAGGGGGCCCGGGUUCGAUCCCUGGUCAGGGAACUAGAUCCUGCAUACAUGCUGCAACUAAGAGUUCGCAUACCGCAACUAAGGAGCCCACAUGCUGUAACUAAGGAGCUGGCGAGCUGCGACUAAGGAGCCCUGGAGCCACAGCUAAGGAGCCUGCCUGCUGCAACUAAGACCCGGCAUAACCAAAACAAUAAAUAAAUAAAUGGUUUUUUAAAAAAUUAGAAUAUCAUUUCUAGCAUCUUAG